GUUUGGUUGUGCUGGGUCCGGGAUGCUGGUGUGAAAUACCGAGAACAUCAGAUGAGCCUCAGCCAAUCGGAGCGCUCGCUUUAAGGUGGCAUCAAACUCUCGGACCAAUCACCGCGCAGUGUUUCUGCAACUCGCGACGGAGCGGCGCAUCACCGGCAGCUGUUUGCGUUGAACGUCACGCGCUUGUUCAUCACUGCUUCACCGGAGCGGCGUCUUUCAUUCCGCGUGCGCUACAUUCGCUCGAAGCAUCAGAUCGCGGUCAUCAUGCCAGACAGGGAAAUCAAAUCUCCAAUCUGGCAUCCAGAACCGGGGACAGUGGAGGACGUGUUUGAUCACACGUAUAAAGAGAAAGAAGGGCCCAAGCCUCCCACCGUCAUCGUGUGGAGAAAUGUCAUCCUGAUGAGCUUGCUGCACCUCGGAGCUCUGUAUGGACUCUUCCUGUUUCCAUCCGCGAGGGCUCUCACAUGGAUCUGGUUCUUUGGGUGUUUGUUGUUCAGUGCUCUGGGCAUCACCGCCGGCGCUCACCGACUCUGGAGUCACAGGUCAUAUAAAGCAUCAUUACCUCUCCAGAUCUUUCUCGCCUUAGGAAACUCCAUGGCCUUCCAGAAUGACAUCUACGAAUGGUCUCGUGAUCACCGCGUUCACCACAAAUACUCGGAGACGGACGCCGACCCUCACAACGCUGUGCGAGGCUUUUUCUUCUCUCACGUCGGCUGGCUGCUGGUCCGCAAGCAUCCGGACGUCAUUGAGAAGGGACGCAAGCUGGAGCUCAGCGACCUGAAGGCUGAUAAAGUCGUCAUGUUCCAGAGGAGAUUCUACAAGCCGUCAGUGCUGCUGAUGUGCUUCUUCGUGCCGACGUUCGUGCCGUGGUACGUUUGGGGCGAGUCUCUGUGGGUGGCGUAUUUCGUCCCUGCCGUCCUCAGAUACGCGCUUGUGCUCAAUGCCACCUGGCUGGUCAACAGCGCCGCGCACAUGUGGGGGAACCGGCCCUACGACAGCAGCAUCAACCCCCGGGAGAACAGAUUCGUCACCUUCAGCGCUAUAGGCGAAGGCUUUCAUAACUAUCACCACACGUUUCCCUUCGACUACGCCACCAGCGAGUUCGGCUGCAAACUCAACCUCACCACCUGCUUCAUUGACUUGAUGUGUUUCCUGGGUCUGGCCCGAGAGCCCAAGCGUGUGUCCAGAGAAGCGGUGCUCGCUCGAGCUCAGCGCACCGGAGACGGCAGCCACUGGAGCGGCUAACGACUGCCGUCCGUCCUAACGCACGGCCAACCUGACAACAGAAGGACAAUCAGUCCUUCCAGCGACGCUGUUGAAGCUUCCGCUCUAACUUUGUGUCAGAUGACGAAUGUUUUUUUUCCCCCCAGUCUAGCCUGUGAAGCUUUAAUACGGGGAUCCGGCCUGUUUGUGUAGCGCUUAUUCAGAUUUUCUUUCCGGCUGUAGAUAUUUUUGAGUCCGGUCUGAGCUCUUGUCACUGACUCAAUGCAGGAGCUAAUCACGGUGCCCAACAACCUUCCAACCUUACCAAAUCUAGAAAUGAACUGAGAUGCACAUCUAGUUAAUAUCCUGUAGCUGUACCUCACAGAUACAGACCAGAGGGGUUCAUUAUUGAAUAUUGCCAAUUGGUUUUGCUGCCAUGCUUGCACAGAUUAUUCAUUUGGAGAAAUGCUUGAAGAGUUAGAAUCUGUAUUAUUGAUUUGUGAUUUAUA